CAGGAGGUUGAAAAGCUGUUAAACGCCGGACAUAUCAAAAAGAUCCAGUUUUCAGAAUGGCUGUCUAAUACAGUGAUGGUGUCCAAAUCAGGGGGAAAGUGGAGGAUGUGCAUCGACUUCCGCGACCUGAACAGGGCGUCCUCGAAGGAUAUAUACCCAUUGCCCCAGAUCGACCAACUAGUAGAUUCCACGGCUGGAUGCGAGCUUCUCAUUCUAAUGGAUGCCUCGCAAGGCUACCACCAAAUCCCCUUGGCGAAAGAAGAUUGGAAGAGGGUGAGCUUCAUAACGAGCAAAGGCAACUAUUGCUACGUAGUUAUGCCAUUUAGGUUGAAGAAUACUGGGGAAAGCUACCAAAGGCUGGUCGACCAGAUUUUCAGAGACCAAUUGGGGAGGAAUAUGGAGGUGUACGUCGAUGACAUGUUGGUCAAGAGCAAGGUGGAGGCGGACCAUGUGGGAGAUUUAAGGGAGACUUUCCAAACGCUGAGAAGGUAUGGCAUGAAACUCAACCCAGCCAAGUGCUCGUUCGGUGUAGAAGCGGGAAAAUUCUUGGGCUAUAUGGUGACAAAGUGGGGAAUAGAGGUGAACCCUGAGAAGGUAAGAGCGCUGAUCGAGAUGAAGCCACCUGCCAAUAUGAAGGACCAAAUACUGACUGGUCGAAUAGCGGGCCUAAGCAGAUUCAUCUCUAAGGUAGCCGAGAAGAGUGGUCCUCUGUUCAAAACGUUUAAGAAAAGCUCGAAAUGUCAGUGGAUGGAGGAAGCCCAAAAAGCUUUCGAGGAGUUGCGGGAGAUGUUAGCGAAUUUGCCUUUGCUAGCUAAGUCUAUACAGGGGGAGGAGCUCGUGCUUUACAUAUCUGUUGGCGAGAGUGCAGUAAGCUCGGUGUUGUUGCACGAGGAGGGAGUAGAACAGUUCCCGAUAUAUUAUGUCAGCCGAGUAAUGCAGGGAGCGGAUUUGAGGUAUUCUGAGAUCGAGAAAUGCGCAUUGGCGGUGGUCGUGACG